AUGCCAGGACGAUGGGAUUUCAAGGUCGGAGUAUGUUGCCAAGACAUCCUAUAUCAGCAGAGUCCUGCCAAUUAUAAACUCGUACCGCAGCCUACGUGGUAUGAGCGUACGAACUUGAGCUCGAGCCGCUUGUAUGCGCAGACGAAAUUUGAACUCCAUCAACCACCCGAGAAGACCAAUCAGAUGUUCUUGCUUCCCCCUGCCAGUCAGGACGCCCUGCUCGUAGAAGACAAAGACUCCGCCCAAGUUCCUGGUACCACUCUUCUCUCUGAGCUGAGCGUUCGUCAUGGACACGGCGCGGUCAUCAAUACUGUGGCUCAUAAACUAAAGAGAGGGACGGGAAGAGAUUCGCAUGUAGUGUUGAAUCCUCAGCCUUCCGAUGAUCCUAGGGAUCCAGCCUUCGCCGCUUCGCUCGAUGGCGCGCUUUCACCCAUGACGGGCCCGAGCUAUGUUCUUCUCUCCAGCCAAUUUGGCGUUUCGGUCGAUGAGGUGGCGUCGACCUUUGGAGCAAUUUUGCUAGGAUUGGGAUGCUUCAUGUUCAUCCAGGGGUCCUUCGCGGUGAAGUUUGGGCAUAGGAUCGUCUAUCUGUGCUCUGUGUUUCUGAUGUUCAUAGCCUGUAUUUGGUGUGCACUCAGCCCGAACUUGGCCUCGAUCAGAGCUUCACGAGUGUUUCAAGGGUUCGGAAUGUCGGCUCUGCAAAGUCUCGUAGCAUCGAGUAUCGAGCAGAUUUUCUUUAUUCACGAGCGCGGCGCGCGGACGGUCAUCUGGAGUUUCUCGAUUAUGGCCGGGAUUACGCUGGGUCCUCUGAUAUACGGCUACGUCGUGCAAAACCUGACAUGGCAGCUGGGAUUCUGGUUCGUGAGCAUUCCGCUGGGCCUCUGCACGCUGAUGGUGUUUUUCUUUGUGCCGGAGACGACUUUCGACCGCCCUGCUGCAAUUGGCCGCACCACCGCCCAAGCCACUCGAUUUGAUGAUCUAGAGAAGGAAGCCAAUAUCGAGACAAAGAAGUCUCCCUCUGUCGACGAGAACGAAAUUGAAUCGGAAGAGAGCGCCCCUUCGUCGCCAAAUGAAGCAACACAGCACUCAAGAGCCACACCUCAGCCGAAGCCGAGUUACCUGUCUCAGUUGAAGGUCUGGAAUGGUACGUUCAGCGACGAGCCGCUGUGGAAAUUGGUGAUGAGACCGUUGCCGUUCAUGUGCUCGCCUGUGACUGUGUUCUUGUUCUUGACACAUGGAAUGCAAACUGCUUGGCUGAGUUUGCUCCCCAUCUGCUCUUCCACGAUAUUCACCAUUGAAUACGGCUUCAAUGCCUCCCAAAUUGGUCUCACAAACCUCGGUGGCAUCGUCGGCAUCAUCCUCGCCAUGGCCAUAACGGGCCCAUUGACAGAUUGGGGCGCCGUUUGGCUCUCGAAGAGGAACGGAGGCGUGUAUGAGCCUGAAUUCAGACUGAUAUUCAUGUCGACCAUGUUAUUUGGGGUGUUUGGAUACGCGGGUUGGGCUGUCGGCACGGUGAAUAAUAUGCCUUGGAUCGGUGCGGUUGCGUGUCUUGCCAUGGCCAACUUCUCAAUGGUCGUCUCCGGUGCAGCCGCCGUGACCUACCUCCUCGACACCCAUGGACCCAACGCCCUCCACUGUCUCGCCAUCUCCAACUUCCUCAAGAACAUGGUCCUCUACGGUUUCUCGUUCUUCG